AUGUGCCGUGAAUCUGGAAGACUUGAUGAUACUACAAUGGAAGUUGAAAACAUGACAGUGAUGAUGAGUAACCUUAUGAAGAAUCUCAACAACGAUGUCUCUGUUGAAACUUUAAUGAAGAAUUUCAACAAUGAUAUGUCUGUUGAAAUUUUUAAAUAUUUAGAUAUCUUUGAAUCAUCUUCCGCCAUUGAUCGAUUUUUCGAAGCAUGGUGCAAAGCUAGCCAGGAGGGUUGGCAAACACUUGAUUUUUCGAUGUUGAAAUCCGAUUUUAUCAAGACUCGAGUUGAGCCGUUUGUUUGGGUUAAUAAUCGCUUCGACAACGAUUUAUACAAUUUGUUGUUUGCUGCGUUGAAUUCUAGUAAUGGAAAUAUCAAGAGUUUGAUUUUCCAUUACAAUUUGUUUCUCACGGAUGAUCAAUUCAUGUAUACAGCUAAAAGGUGUCCACUUGUAAGACGAUUAGUUUUUGUGUCAUGGAAUAGAAUCAAGAAAAUAUCGAUUAAAAAAGCUAUUAGGGGAUGGAAGGAUCUAGAAUCAAUGACAAUGCCAAGUAUAAGAGAUCCAAAAUAUGUAUUUGAAGAAAUUUCAAAGAAUUGCAAGAAUUUCAAAGAGCUAAAGAUCAUGGGACAUUUACAUAUGCGGUUUGCUUCUGCUCUCACCAUGCAUCUUCCAAACUUAAAAGUACUAAGUAUUCGAUGUUCAUGUUUGGAUAUGAAAGCUCUUGUUCUAAUUUUAGAUAAACUUCAACAUUUACAAGUGCUCAACAUUUCACAUUCUUGUUUUGUGAAACCUGGUUUUAGUGUUGAUGAUCGUGAAAGGUAUAUGUUUAUCAAUGAUAUUGAUCUUAGUACUAUAAGAGAAAAGGCUUCAAGGUUGUGUGAGUUUUUCCUAUGCGAGAAACAAACAUCAUGCAUCAUGUGUCAUAGAACAAGAGAUGAUUGUGGAUUUCCUAGGUGGUUUAUGUACGAGGAAGGAAUUUGGAAAGACGAUGAAGUCAAGUCUCUUGCCAUUUGAAAUCUCACUUUUAUUAUAAUUUUUUUGGCUUAAUU